CGGAGAAGUCGCUAUGCAUGAAGAAGCUGAACAAAUAUUGCGCACUGGUGCAGGGGUAUUUGAACUGCUCCAACACUGUCCCUCCGUCAAACGUCGGUGGAAUUUUUCGAUAAGGACUGGUUUCGCAUGACGAAGAAGGGAAGAUCUGAGAUGAAUGGCUGUGGAGCAGUGCGCGGAUACACCAUCCCUGGUUGUUCCUGCUCUGCCAUCCAGAACAUGUCAUUCCGGCUCAGAUACUGCAAGGAUGGUUGGCCACCGGCGAAUCACGUUAACCUCCGAUGGUUACUCGAGGAUACUUUUGGGGGCAUACUCUCAUUCCCUGAGCUACGAGAAUUUUCGUUCGAGCCAGUUACAGCGACCCAGGCCCAGGUUUGAUUGAAGAACUUUACGCCGACCCAGACCGGGACUUCUUGGAAGAUGACUACUCCACAGAAGGAUACGAAAACUCUUCUCGGUCGGAGCCAGAUGAGAACGAUUCUUUGGAGAGGUCUAGAGAAGCGCCACCGCUUUACAGCACCUUAUCCGACAUGUUAGCAGAAUACCUCCGACCGCAUUGGAUGACCCAGGAUAUGAUGCUUUCGCUCUAUGCAAAGCUAGAUCUCGGCUUGGUCAAGCUUCCUAAGUUGGAAAAGCUCGUCUUAACCAACGUGACGCUUGAUGCGAGAUGCCUACUCCUAUGGUUAUGCGAACAAGGACAACUUCCUGUUUCCAGGCUCUCAAUUUGCUUGAAAGGGACUGCCUUUCUGUUUGAUCUCGAUCCAAAGACACUCUUCCAAUGACUCGCUCAGCUGAACGUCAAUUUGUCCUUCGACCCUAAGAGAACAUUCCACUACCCUGUUCUCCCAAGUGCCGUUACAAGCAGUGCUGAGAGACUCCGGAACGCCGUUCAACGUAUUCUAACCACAUGGCCUGUCGGUCUGCUUUGGUCAAACUAUCCUAUCGAAGAGCUUCUUUGGGGAUAUCCUCCACUCCAGAUGCCGGCGCUCUCAGAUUUUGAAAAAUGUCCACGUCGGGCCCAUCGAUAUCAGGCGUCGCCCUAGCGAGUUCAUAUCCAUUCACGAGGAAUUCCAGCUCCGGUGGCCGAAAGUCAAGGAUUUCGCCUACACCAUGCUUGGCGCAGAAGGUUGCAUCUGCAACUGGUGGGUUGACACGAAAGUCCAACCUGAGUCCUUGAUCCUCUUUAGGUACCGUCCGCAUUGGGCUCUCUGGCCGAAUCCAGAUUCCGACCCUUCUGGCAAGGAAUUCGAGCAUGAAAUACCUAGCCAUACUACCGAGCUCGAUCAACAAGUGGCAGAACUUGAAUGGCAAGAACAGCAGCUCUUAUUGCAGUACGAGACGGAGAUGCUUGGCCUUGAAGUUAUGCAACAAUUUCGCCGCAUAGCAGAACUUGAGUGGGAAGAACAACAGCCACUAAUGCAGUACGAGACGGAGUUACUUGGACUUGAUGUUAUGGAACAGUGUUAUCAGAUAUUCAAUUAAAAAUUGUGAUCCCCUAUCGUCGACAGCGUAA